CGCCGCCCGCCUCUCUCCCGCUUCGGCUCGGCGGUGCUGGGCGCCCUCUGCCCCCUUCUUCCGAGGAGCCUCGGCAGCUGCAGGAGGCGGCGGUGGAGGCGGACUAAGCGCAGGAGGGAUGCUGUGGAGUGGUCCCCCCCGGCAGAGUGCUUUCCCGCAGGAGAUGUUUCUGAUGCUCGCCUUCUGCUUGGCUUCGCGGCGGACCCUGGCAGCGCCCACUCCGACCGCUGAGGACAUCACGCUGGGAGUUGAUUGGCUGACAAAAUUCGGCUAUCUGCCCCCUCCAGACCCCAUCACAGGAAAACUGCAGACCCAGGAAGAGCUCACCAAAGCCAUUGUGGCCAUGCAGCAGUUUGGUGGCCUUGAAACCACUGGGAUUCUAGAUGAAGCCACACUGAAAUUGAUGAAGACGCCUCGGUGCUCUCUCCCUGAUCUCGCUGAAUCGGAGGCAAGGAGGAAGAGGCAUGCUCAGUCAGCAACAAAGUGGAACAAAAGGAACUUAUCUUGGAGAGUUCGUACGUUCCCCAAGGAAUCUCACCUGGGCCACGACACAGUCCGUGCCCUCAUGUACUACGCCCUGAAGGUGUGGAGCGACAUCACGCCGCUGAACUUCCACGAAGUGGCUGGCAACAAUGCCGACAUCCAGAUCGACUUCUCCAAAACGGACCACAACGACGGGUACCCCUUUGACGGUCCUGGCGGCACAGUCGCCCACGCUUUCUUCCCAGGAGAACACCACACCGCAGGGGACACUCACUUUGACGACGAUGAAUAUUGGACUUUCCGAUCAUCAGAUACCCAUGGGAUGGAUCUGUUUGCCGUGGCAGUCCACGAGUUUGGCCACGCCAUUGGCUUAACCCACAUCUCUGCCAUAGAGUCGAUCAUGAGGCCGUACUACCAGGGCCCCGUCGGAGAUCCCCUGAAGUAUGACCUGCCUUACGAUGACAAAGUCCGGAUAUGGCAACUCUAUGGGGUCAGGGAGUCUGUGUCCCCAACAGCCAAACCUGAAAUAUCGAAAACAGAGGACCACCCCAUCUUGCCAGACUUACCGGAGAAUCGCUCCACUGUUCCGCUCAGAAGAGACGUGCCCAACAGAUGCAACACACAUUUUGACGCAGUGGCUCAGAUUCGAGGAGAGGCUUUCUUUUUCAAAGGCAAAUACUUCUGGAGACUGACUCGCAACAAACAUCUGGUCUCCCUCCAGCCAGCUCAGAUCCAUCGUUUCUGGCGGGGGCUGCCUCUGAAUCUGGACAGCGUGGAUGCUGUUUAUGAGAGAACCCACGACCACAAGAUUGUGUUCUUCAAAGGGGACAGAUACUGGGUCUUCAAGGACAAUAAUGUGGAGGAAGGUUACCCCCGGCCCAUCUCGGAUUUUGGCUUGCCGCCGGGAGGCAUUGACGCCGCAUUUUCCUGGGCCCAGAAUGACAAGACUUAUUUCUUUAAGGACACUCUCUACUGGUGCUAUGAUGACCACGAGCGGAGGAUGGAUCCUGGCUAUCCUUUGGAGACCAUGUUGUGGAAGGGGGUCCCUAGUGGGCUGGAUGAUGCCACACGGUGGUCCGAUGGGGCAACCUACUUCUUCAAGGGAAAAGAAUACUGGAAAGUCAUGGACAGCGACUUGGAAGCUGAGCCCGGUUACCCACAAUCCAUUGCCAGAGACUGGCUGGUGUGCAGCGACAUGCAGGCGGAUUCGCCUGAGCCGGCCGAGAGCAGCAGGACAGGGGGCCGGUCCAAGCAGGGGCACCAUGACGAGAGCCGCUCCGAGAGCGAGGUCUGCUCCUGCACUUCUUCCUCUCCGGGGUCGCCCUCAUCCGGCUCAGCUCUCAGACUCUGCGUAGGCAUUGCCUUCGCCAGCCUUUGGACAGUGGCACAGCUUCAGAGAUCGCUAUGACAGAGGGUGUCAGUU